AUCGCGUCGAUUCUCGUGUGGUCCUGGGUGUGACGUCUUUCCCCGGUGGUUCUUUAAAUCUGCAUUUUAGUCUUUAAUCUGCGGAUUCCAUACAGAGAUGGGUAUCCCGUGAGUUCGUCCCAGUUUUUCCCCUAAGGCGUUUUGUCUGCGUCGCCUCGGCAUUAUACGCGCUCCCUCGCACCGCAUAGCGCACGGAACAGCUGUCAUGACUGAUAUCUCUACAGUAUGUACCGUGAGCCCUCUUCUGCCGAGGCCACUAAAACUAGUCCUGUCAAGGAUCCCAGUGCAUUUGCACGUUCUGCGAUCCGUCGCCAGGCCAAUGUUCGCCGUCCCUCACGCUACGGUGGUUCCGCUUUUCGGAGCGCAACUUUGCGCUCACCUUUCCCUCGUCCGCUCGUAGAUGAGAUUGAUCGCGAGUCGAAUGGCUUGCCGCGCCACGUACAUCCUCCUAUUCAAAAUCCCGCCCUUGGUGGGGAUCCUUUUGAUCUGACCAGUAGCCUGUCAGAUUCCAGUCGGCGGGAGGCUGGUCAGCGGUUACUGCACGAUGCCCUCCGUCACAGUCGUCCCGGUCAACGUUUGAGAAUACCGCGGCCCUCGGCGCUACCCAACCUAUCUUCGCAUUCCUCGUCUGCGAGCGAUACAAAUAAUCGAUCGGAUUUCCAGGACCCCCCUCAUUUCACGCCACGAUUCGCUCCCGCCAUCGCCUAUCACAGAGCCUUAACACCAUUGGGGAAUCCGGAAAUUUUUCGCUUUUCGUCUCUGCCUCGACCAGAGGCCCCUGGAGACCUUUCGACGAUUCCCUUGCUACGUCGCGUUGGCCAGCGCUCUAUCAACGAAGCGAACCUCGCGGGCCGCGAAGUACCGGUAGAUGGGUUGGGCGAUCGCCAACGAAGCGUGAGCCUGGAUGACGAUCAGGCAAAUGAUGCCUGGGAAACACUCCUAACUACCAUAACCCCGGACACCAAUCUCCCGAGUGCGGAUUCCUCCUUCACUUCCGCCUCUGCUUCUGGGACAAAUGGGUCACACAGUGGGACAUUGAGAACCUCUGCAUCGUCGCUCGAAGCCCUUCAGAAUUCCAUACAAAGUAAUGCUGCCGCGGUGCAAAUGAUUCUUGAUCCUUAUCCAGAAUACCCGAAUCCAUGCGACUAUCCAAGCUCCACCGAUUCCGAGACCGAGUCGGAAACUGAGAUUACCCAAGAUUCGCUCUUCCGGCGCUACCGCCGUCGGAUGCGUCAAGUCGAGUCGAUGAGACGCUCACAUAAUCUGCAGUCGGCCCUCCACAAUCACGCUCCCAUUCCCGCAAUCUCUUUUGCAUUCUCAGACUCUUCAACCGAUCAGGAUUUGCAUCAGAUGCAGGCUAUCCUAGACCGACUGGCUCGUCGGGAGGAUAUUCCUGAUGACUGGUGGGCGGCAGCAGGACUGUCUCGCAUCAUUGGUCAGAGGGCGUCUGCAAACGAUGACUCAAAUUCAACCGAUGGUCCCCUUCGACGGAGGUAAAAUCUGCCUUUUUUUUUUCUUAUCCUUCUUCUUUUGUGUUAACUAUUGAAAUUCUUUAACUUUAUUUUCAUCUUGGGGGAAGAUGUUUGAGUUGUGCACGUUUAGCGG